AUAUUGUAUUUUUUAAGGAAGUAAAUUUGCAAAUAGAAAGUUAUAGUUUUAUGAAAAUGAUAUAGUUUUUAUAUUCCAGAAUCAUUGACUGUUUAGGAUCAUACUCAUAAACUAUUUGAUGAGGUUGUCUUUGAGUAGAAAAUGAAUGAUUCAAAGUUAUAGUUUUUGAAAACCUUGUACAACUAAUAUUAUUUUAUAGAUUACAAAGCACCUGACCAAGAAAAAUUUGAAUAAAGAAAUGAUUCUAAUGGGACUGUCACAAUAUCUGAAGAUACACAGUUGAUUUAUGAAAUAAAAAACAGCCAGCAGAAAAAAAGUGAAAUGUCUCAAAGAACAUUAAUUUUUUGAAAUAAUAUUUUUAGAACUUUGAUUUACCUGUGAUUUUUUAGACUCUUGACGUUAAGAAGGAAAUCUCAAAUCAUUAUUAAUAAGAAAGAGUGGUUUUUUUGUAUCAUAGUCUACUUGUUGAUCAUAUAAUGGGUUUCAGUUCAAAUAUGCUCUCUGUUCUGUUCAUUUUGUUUUGCUAUUUGUUACAAGUUAAUAUUGCCAUAAACACCAUCACAUCAUCCCAAUUCAUCAAGGACGCUGAAACUCUUAUCUCCAAAGAUGGUAACUUCACCUUUGGAUUCUUUAGUCCUAAAAACUCUACAAAUCGCUACGUUGGAAUUUGGUGGAAGUCUCAGUCUACAAUCAUAUGGGUGGCGAACAGAAACCAACCACUGAAUGAUUCUAAUGGGACUGCGGCAAUAUCUGAAGAUGGAAAUCUUGUGGUAUUAAACGGACAGAAGCAAGUCAUUUGGACAUCAAAUGUCUCCAACAUAGCAACCAAUACAAGUUCUCAGUUUUCCGACUUUGGUAACCUUGUCCUUUUGGAGAGCACAACUGGAACCAUUUUAUGGCAGAGUAUUCAGCAACCUUCAGAUACGUUACUUCCUAGCAUGAAACUAUCAAUCAACCAAAGAACAGGUAAGAAUGUAAAACUCAUAUCAUGGAAAAGCCCUUCGGACCCAUAUGUUGGCAACUUUUCUUGUAGGACAGUUGAACGCCUAAAUAUUAUCGAAGUGUUUAUUUGGAAUGGAACUCAACCAUAUUGGCGCAGUGGUCCCUGGAAUGGCGGGGUCUUCACUGGGGUACAUACAAUGACAGUUGCAUAUUUUUUUGGUUUUCGAGUAGGAGAUGAUGGAGCAGGGAAUAUUGACAUAUAUUAUACUUUACAAAAUGAUGAUGAGUUUUUGAUCUAUCAGCUGACUUCACAAGGAAAAUUAGAUGAAACGCGGUGGGAUGAUGAGAAGAAAGAAAUGAAAGUGACAUGGACAACCCGAGAAUCAGAGUGUGAUGUUUAUGGUAUAUGUGGGGCCUUUGCAAGCUGUAGUUCAUUGAGCUCACCAAUAUGUAGCUGUUUGAGAGGAUUUGUACCCAGAAACAUAGAAGAAUGGAGUAAACAUAAUUGGACCGGUGGGUGUGUUAGGAGGACACCUUUGGAGUGUGAAAGGGUCAACAAUAAAACCACCAGUACAAAGGAAGAUGGGUUUUUGAAAUUGAAGAUGGUUAAAGUUCCAGAUUUUGCAGAAGGUGUAGCUGUUACACCAGAAAUAUGCAGAAGCUUAUGUUUGCAUAAUUGCUCCUGCAUUGCGUAUUCUCAUGAUUCUGGGAUUGGCUGUAUGUCUUGGACUGGAAAUCUACUUGACAUACAUCAACUCCAAAGUGGAGGACUCGAUCUAUAUGUUCGUGUAGCCUACGCAGAACUUGAUAGAGGGCGAAUCAAGACGUCCAUCAUUAUAAGUACAGUAAUAAUUGGAACUCUUAUAAUUGUCAUAUGUGCAUAUUUCUGCUGGAAGAGGACAUCAAACCACCCAGCUAAACUGUGGCACUUCAUUAAAUCUGCAAAGAAAAAGAACAACAAAGCUUUCCCAAUAUUCGAUCAAGGUGGAUCACCCGAAAAUUAUACUAGUGACAACGCAAUUGGAGAAAUGUCCCAAGUCAAACUACAAGAGCUAUUAAAAUUUGAUUUUGAAAAACUUGCAGCCGCCACAAACAACUUUCACUUUUCCAACAAACUUGGACAGGGUGGUUUUGGUCCCGUAUAUAAGGGAAAACUGCAAGAUGGUCAGGAAAUAGCAGUUAAAAGACUUUCUAGAGCAUCUGGACAAGGGUUGGAGGAAUUCAUGAAUGAAGUAGUGGUUCUUUGUAAGCUUCAACACCGUAAUCUUGUAAGGCUUCUUGGCUGCUGUAUUGAAGGCGAUGAGAAGAUGUUGAUGUAUGAGUACAUGCCAAACAAGAGUUUGGAUGCAUUCAUCUUUGAUCCCUCAAAGAAUAAACUCCUAGAUUGGAGAACACGACACAGCAUAAUAGAAGGAAUAGCUCGAGGAUUGCUGUAUCUUCACCGAGAUUCUAGGCUAAGAAUUAUUCAUAGAGAUUUGAAGGCAAGUAAUGUCCUGUUAGAUGAGGAGCUGAAUCCAAAAAUAUCGGACUUUGGAAUGGCUAGAAUCUUUGGAGGCAGAGAACAUCAGGCCAAUACUAGCAGGAUUGUUGGAACGUAUGGCUAUAUGUCUCCUGAAUAUGCAAUGCAAGGAUUAUUUUCAGAGAAAUCAGAUGUUUUUAGCUUUGGUGUUUUGAUGCUAGAGAUUGUUACCGGGAGAAGGAACUCAAUUUUUUAUGACUUUGAGAAUUCUCUGACCCUUAUAGGAUUUGUCUGGAUACAGUGGACAGAUGACAAUAUUCUAUCUCUAAUAGAUCAAGAAAUAUAUGAUCCUAGUAAUCAUAAUUACAUUUUGAGGUACAUACAUAUAGGACUUUUGUGCGUUCAAGAACAUGCUGUGGAUAGGCCCGCUAUGGCUGCAGUAAUUUCUAUGCUUAACAGUGAGGCUGCAUUACUUCCUCCUCCUAGUAAACCUGCAUUCAUCCUGAGGCAAGAUAUGUUGAGUUCAAAGAGUUCCAUUAACAAUGUCAGUAUUACACAAAUCGGUGGCAGAUAUAUUGCCAUAGACACUAUAACAUCUUCCCAAUUCAUCAAGGACCCUGAAACUCUAAUCUCAAAAGAUGGUAACUUCACCUUUGGAUGCUUUAGUCCUAUAAACUCUACAAAUCGCUAUGUUGGAAUUUGGUGGAAGUCUCGCACUACAGUCGUAUGGGUGGCUAACAAAAACCAAUCACUGAAUGAUUCUAAUGGGAUUGUCACAAUAUCUGAAGAUGGAAAUCUUGUGAAUUGCUCAUGCGUUGCGAAUUCUCAUGAUGCUGGAAUUGGUUGUAUGUCUUGGACUAGGAAUCUAAUUGAUAUACAACUAGAAAGUGGAGGACUUGAUCUAUAUGUUCGAGUAGCCCAUGCAGAACCUGAUAGAGGGAGAAACAAAACAAUCAUCAUUACAAUAGAAGUGAUAGUAGGAACUCUCGUAAUUGUCCUUUGUGCAUAUAUCAUGUGGAGAAGGACUUCAAAAAACUCAGUAAUGGGUUUCAGCAGCUGUUCAAAUCUGUUCUUUGUUUUGUUCAUUCUGUUUUCCUAUUUGUUACGUGUUAGUAUCGGUAUAGACACCAUCACAUCAUCCCAAUUCAUCAAGGACCCUGAAACUCUACUUUCCAAAGAUGGUUCCUAUGCCUUUGGAUUCUUUAGCCCUGAAAAUUCUACAAAUCGCUACGUUGGAAUUUGGUGGAAUUCUCGUUCUACAGUCGUAUGGGUGGCUAACAGAAACCAACCACUGAAUGAUUCUAAUGGGAUUGUCACAAUAUCCGAAGAUGGAAAUAUUGAGGUAUUAAAUGGACAGAAACGAGUCAUUUGGUCAUCAAAUGUUUCCAACAUAGCAACAAAUACAAGUUCUCAGUUUUCAGACUAUGGCAACCUUGUCCUUUUGGAGAACGCAACUGGAAACGUAUUAUGGCAGAGUAUUCAACAACCUACAGAUACAUUACUGUCUGGUAUGAAACUUUCUAUCAACAAAAGAACAGGUGAAAAAUCAAAACUAACAUCAUGGAAAAGCCCUUCUGAUCCAUCUGUCGGGAUUUUUUCUUCUAGUAGUGUUGAACGCGGAAAUAUACUUGAAGUGUUUAUUUGGAAUGAAACUCGACCAUACUGGCGCAGCGGUCCCUGGAAUGGCGGGGUCUUUACAGGGAUAGAUACUAUGACAACUGCAUAUUUUAAUGGUUUUCAAGGUGGAGAUGACGGACAAGGGAAUAUAAAUAUAUAUUUUACGAUGCCAAAUAAUGAGGUGUUCUUGAUCUAUAACCUGAAUUCACAAGGAAAAUUAGAAGAAAUGCGGUGGAAUGACGAGAAGAAAGAAGUGGAAGUUAAAUUCACUAGCCAGAAAUCGGAGUGUGAUGUUUAUGGUAUUUGCGGGGCAUUUGCAAUUUGUAAUUCAUUGAGCACGCCAAUUUGCAGCUGUUUGAAAGGGUUUGAUCCAAUCAACAUACAGGAAUGGAAUAGAAACAAUUGGACUAGUGGGUGUGUUAGGAGAAGAUCUUUGCAGUGUGAAAGGGUCAACAAUAAAACCACAAGUACAAAAGAAGAUGGGUUUUUGAAAUUGCAGAUGGUUAAAGUUCCCGAUUUUGCAGAAGGUGUAGCUGUUACACCAGAUAUAUGCAGAAGCUUAUGCUUGGAGAAUUGCUCUUGCACUGCAUACUCCAACGAUGCUGGGAUUGGCUGCAUGUCUUGGACUGGGAAUUUACUUGACAUACAACAACUCGAAAGUGGAGGACUUGAUCUAUAUUUUCGCGUACCUGAGACAGAGCUUGGUAUGCAUGCGCUAGAUAAAGGGACAAAAAAAACAAUCAUCAUUACGAUUAUAGUGAUACUAGGCACUCUCUUAAUCGUCAUUUGUGGUUAUAUCAUGUGGAGAAGGAUUUCAAAAAACUCAGAUGGAAAAUCAGAAGAAAAUAAUAGUGAUGAUGCAAUUGGAGGAUUUUCCCAAGUUAAACUACAGGAGCUGUUAGUAUUUGAUUUCGGAAAGCUUGCAACUGCCACAAACAACUUCCACUUGUCCAACAAACUUGGCGAGGGUGGUUUCGGUCCAGUAUACAAGGGAAAACUGCAAGAUGGUCAGGAAAUAGCAGUUAAAAGACUUUCUAGAGCGUCUGGACAAGGGUUGGAGGAAUUCAUGAAUGAAGUAGUGGUCCUUUGUAAGCUUCAACACCGUAAUCUUGUAAGACUUCUUGGAUGCUGUACUGAUGGUGAUGAAAAGAUGUUGAUGUAUGAGUACAUGCCUAACAAAAGUUUAGAUGCAUUUAUCUUUGAUCCAUCAAAAAGUAAACUCCUAGAUUGGAGGACAAGGUAUAACAUUAUAGAAGGAAUUGCUCGAGGAUUGUUGUAUCUUCACAGAGAUUCGAGACUAAGAAUUAUACACAGAGAUUUGAAGACAAGUAAUAUCUUGUUAGAUGAGGAGCUGAAUCCAAAAAUUUCCGACUUUGGUAUGGCUAGAAUCUUUGGAGGGAGAGAAAAUCAGGCCAAUACUACCAGGGUUGUCGGAACUUAUGGCUAUAUGUCUCCUGAAUACGCAAUGCGAGGACUUUUUUCAGAGAAAUCAGAUGUUUUUAGCUUUGGUGUAUUGAUUCUAGAGAUCGUUAGUGGGAGAAGAAACUCAAGCUUUUAUGACAAUGAGCAUGCACCGAGUCUUCUAGGAUUUGUCUGGAUACAAUGGAGGGAAGAAAAUAUGUUAUCUUUAAUAGAUCCAGAAAUAUAUGAUCAUAGUCAUCACACCAAUAUAUUGAGAUGCAUACAUAUAGGACUGUUAUGUGUACAAGAAUCAGCUGUAGAUAGACCUACUAUGGCGACAGUAAUUUCUAUGCUUAUCAGUGAGGAUGCAUUUCUUCCUCCUCCAAGUCAACCAGCAUUCAUCCUGAGGCAGAAUACGUUGAAUUCAACGCAGCCUGAAGAAAAUCAAGGUGUUUUUUCCUCUAAUACUGUCAGUAUUACAGAUAUGUGUGGCAGAUAACAAACCUAGAGACUCUAAGAAAGGAUUUUGAGGUCGUGGCCAAUACUAGAGUUUUUGUUAAUUAACAUAAUUUUGAGAAAAGAAAACUCUGGUGUAAUGGAAGACAUAUAUGUGGCUCUUUAUCUGUGCAGGAGCUUGUGAAAGACAUACAUACGAUGACUACGUUGAAAAUUCCGGUGACAUAAUUGUUAUUACAAAUAUCCAUUGCCUUUAUCAUUGUUUAAGUUAUUUACCUAGUUAUUGCAUGUAAAGGCAGAAUCUUGUAGAUUCUAUGGCUGCCAUAUUCUACAGUAUAAAUAAAAAUGCAUUUGAUAUCAUUUUUACA